UUCCAGCGAAGACACACACGUUCAUAUUUUACCCCCACAAACCAAAUAUUUUCAGAUCAAUUAUGAGAAGAAGGAACACCGCCUUGUCCCUGGCCUGUCGCUCUUGGUCACCGUCCUGUUUUCUCCAGAUGAGUGGCGAUACUAUUAUGACUGCAUUCGCAUUCACUGUAAGGGAGAUGACACUUUGCUUGUUCCUAUCCAUGCCUAUCCCAUCAUGAACACACUGGACUUUCCCUCAUUUAUAAAUCUAUCAAAUGUUCUACUUGGUGAAAGCAAAACUUGCGUUAUUCCUUUGCAGUGCAGCUGCCCUGUAGAUUUCGAGUUCCAUAUCACUUUGAUUCAGUCUCAUCAAGCCUUUGCUAUUGAGCCAACAUCAGGAAUAAUUCCAGCUAAUGGGAAGAUGAAUGUGGCCAUUAAGUUCACACCCCUUCAGUAUGGGACUGCCCAGAUGAAAAUGCAAUUGUGGAUUUCACAGUUCAACUCUCAACCAUACGAAUGUGUCUUCACCGGAACGUGCCGUCCCAACAUGGCCUUACCAUUAGAAGAGUUUGAGAGAUUGAAUACUAUUUCUAAGAAAGUAAACGUUCCUCCAGAAAAAGCAAUGACACGUAUACAUUCUCACCGACUACCAGCAAAGACAAAGCCUCAAAAGCCUAAGGAAAUUGAGUACCAGAACCUGCGAUUUCCAGUAGAUUUAUCAAAUCCAUUUGCUGUGGCAACUGUUUUAAACCAAGAACCAGGGAAAAUGAAGAUUAAAGAAUUAAGAGAAGUUUUGGACCAAGGCACUGAAAUUUCAAAAACAAGACAAAUGAAGGAGGCGCUUUUCGAGCAGAAAAUCAGGCAGAACACUUGCGAAGAGAUGGAAAAUCAUCUUAAGUGGCAGGUGCACCUUGGUAAAGAUCACGUGUCUUUUAAAUUUAAGAAAGAACUUAGGGAGGAGCGGCAAAGAGCAUCCACCAAGUAUAAGCUUGAGAGAGGAGAUCCUAAUUCGAGUGAGGAAUAUCAGCGACUCAAGACAGAAGUCAGCCAUAAACGGAUCGUUCACAAUCUAAAAGACAAAAUCAAGGAAUUUCAUCCUAAUUUUGAUCCACUCACGAAUAAUACUUGGGCCAACAGGUUCAGGGCACAAAAACGCUUUCAACAAGUAGCACGCAAGAUCAUGGUUCAACGACGAUUACUUACCAUGCUGGCCGCUGUUCGCGAAAUGGACAAAGAGACUCUAGUAAAACAGAUCACUCAAGCAAAACACUUGUCAGUACAAGACAAUACUUUGUCCAGAUACCCUCUGCGGCGGCUCAGCCUGGAUGAGUAUUCCAGCCAGUUCUCUGUACCGCCCGAGAAAGUACUGCCCUUCGCUUUCCCAGAUUACAGCCCUCCUCAGGAAUCCAACGAGUUGGCUCCUGAUGGCCUUGGACUGGUCCCAAUUAAACCUUCAGAAGUUCAAAUCAAACAGAGUUAUUCUUUCUUCAAUUUGCAGGUUCCUCAGCUGUAUAAAAUUAAGGGAUAUCAGCCCUUCUGUGUCCACAAGGCUUCAACUAGUUACAGACCUCAGAAGCUUGCUCGAGCCCUGAGGCAAGGAGCUGAGGAUGAAGUCACCACCAUCGUAGCCCUUCCGAAACGGGACUCCACACCUCAGCUCUCUGGCAAGACUUCAGUCUUGAGCAUGAAACCACCUGAGGCCUUAGCCACGUCUCUAGAUUAUGAUCCACUUUAUAUAUUUGUAAGUAACAAUUGACAGAAGACUUGGGUUCUAAGUUCCUUUAUUUCAGCAAUUACUCUAUAAGAAAACCAAAGAAUUAAUUGAGAACAUUUUUUCAGGUGUUAAAUGAUAACGCGCCUUUAAAAUUACUUGUCAGUAUUUAUUUUCUGGAAAAUAUCAAUAUUUUGU